CACACACAUCGCGCACACACACUGCCGGACAAAGCGGAGUAAAGAUAUUAGGAUGUGUAGAAACACACCUUAAAGAGGUGAACACAGAAAAAUAAACAUGGACAGGAGACAGAGAAUGCUUCUGCAGCUGCUCAGUUUUGCUGCUCUUCUUGCUUGCGCCCAUUGCCAGUGUCAGCAAGGCUGGAGAGAGAAUGAGGGUAAAUGUUACUACUUUUCACUUGAUACAAAGUCAUGGAUGGAGGCGAACGCAUUUUGUUUGGAGCAGAACAGCAACCUGAUGAGCAUUCAGGACAUUCAUGAGAGGUUGUGGGUGAGCACACAAAUCAGCUCAGAAAUCUACUGGAUCGGCCUGAAUGAUCAAAACACAGAAGGUGUCUAUGAGUGGAGCGAUGGGAGUCCUUUUAUUGAAUACUUAUCGUUCUGGAUGAAUGGUCAGCCUGAUAACUGGGGUGAUGAGCCCGGGGAGGACUGUGGUCAGGUGGUAGGAUAUAGCUUUGGACAGUGGAAUGAUGAAAACUGCAAUGUUAAGAGGAAAUACAUCUGCAAGCACAUCAACGAGAACCCCAGUCCACAGUGCGACUUAGCCAACGGUUGGAGACAAUACGGCUCUAACUGCUACAAGCUGAAGGCCGAGACCAGGAAGAGUUGGUCAGAAGCCAGAAAUGACUGCGUACAGGAAGGAGCAGACCUGGUGUCCGUUACUUCAGCGCCAGAAGAGCAAUAUGUCACAGGAAUACUGGACUCAUCAUAUAUAGACCUCUGGAUCGGGUUUUCCACACUGAAAUGCACCAAGAUUUCAUGUCAAGUCGAAGCAGGAAACAGUCAGUUCACUUGGUCCGAUGCUACCCAAGUGGGGUACACAAACUGGGGUAGCGGUGAACCUGUAGUUGAUGCUCAGACCGGCUCAUGUGUUGGAAUCAUGAAAGAUGAAACGGAAGAAUUUGGGAAAUGGAAAACCCAUGUGUGCAGAUAUGAGCGUCCUUACAUGUGUAAACGAGGACUGAACACUAUCUGCCCUCCCGGCUGGCAGAGCUUUGCUGGCAGUUGUUACUGGUUGGUCAGUAAUGUCGAUCUUCUGACCACCUGGCACGAGGCCUUCACCGCUUGUUCUAGUAUGGGGUCCCACCUGCUGAUUAUAAACAGUCAAGAAGAACAGUACUUCAUUAAUGGGAACCUUCCAGAUUUUCACCAAGUGGAUGUUCCUGACAUCUGGAUUGGUCUAUCAGAUAAAGACCAGGAUGGGGAUUUCAAGUGGGUGGAUAAAUCCCCGAUUCAAUUUUCUAACUACGGUCCUGGUUGGCCCAGAAACACUGCAAACUUUUGGGACUGUGGACAAAUCUUUACAGGAAAUUAUGAUGGCAAGUGGGAAACAACCAACUGCUUCAAGAGCCUGGGUUACAUUUGUGAGAUGACAGGUGGACAGAACCCUAAACCAACUUCAGCUCCAGAUUCCCAUUGUGACGCUGGGUAUUUGUUGUAUGGGGACUUCUGCUAUCAGUUUAAUACUGAGUCGGUGAAAAACUGGCAAGAUGCUGAGGCUCACUGUGUCAGUGAGCAGGGUCACCUGGUCAGCUUCCACUCAGAGGAAGAGCUGAGUUUUAUUAUAGCUCACAUGCCAGCGCAAGCCUGGGUGGGAUUGAAUGACAUCAAUGUUGAAAACCAGUUUGUGUACACCGAUGGAACCCCUGCUGACUUUCUCCCAUGGGCACCCAACCAGCCAGACAACUGGCAGAACAACGAGGAUUGUGCGCACCUCAGAGGAAUGAAUCACCACGAACCUGGCAAACUCAAUGAUGAUUUUUGCACUUCCACAAAGGAAUUUAUCUGCAAAAAAGGCAAAGGACAAGGACCUCCUCCACAGCCCCCGACAUCUGGACCAGGGUGGAAUGAGAAAUGCGGAGCUUGGAUGUCUGACCCUUUUAACGACUACUGCUACCUGUUCAACUACCUGUCGAUGAGGACGUGGUCGGAAGCUCGAGCCGACUGUGUGAACCAGGGAGGAGACCUCGUCAGUAUCACUGAUCCGUACGAACAGGCCUUCAUACACGGUGUGAUCCAGCAGGCUCCCACAGGGAUCUCUCUGUGGAUGGGCGGGCAUGACUCCAUCACUGAAGGCGGCUGGGAGUGGAUGGAUGGUUCUCCUUUCAGAUACAUCCACUGGAAUGCAGGUAACCCAGAUGACUAUUACGGUGAAGACUGCCUCUCUAUUCUUAUUAACAACGGCUACUGGAACGACGACAACUGUGAAUACAACAGAGGAUAUAUCUGCAAGCGCAGAGGAAACACACCUGAGCCUCCUCCACCUCAUGACGGAUUCAUGACGGCGCUGGUGUGCCAGGACUCCUCUGCUGUCCUUCACUGUCCAGAGGAAAGUGUAAUUAACAUCCAGUCAGCUUUCUAUGGGCGAAACAGUGAUGACAUCUGUCCACAUCUGGGUGGAUCAGGAGCGAGCUGCACAGUGGAAGGAGUCCUUCCUUACUUCAGGAAGGCAUGUGACAACCGUCCCUUCUGUUUUGCAUACGCUCAUGUGGACGAGGACCCGUGCCCCACUGUUUCGAAAUAUCUUGAGAUCGUCUACAGUUGUGAACAAAAGGUGUGUCUGCAGGGCCUGGGCGUCGAGGACGGGAACAUCACAGACUCUCAGCUCACUGCUUCCUCCUCCACUGGUUCCUCCACUCCCAACAGAGCCCGUCUGAAUGGAAAUUCCUGCUGGAUGCCUUCAGGAAGCCCGGCCUCAAGCUGGAUCCAGGUAAACCUGGGCCAGACCAGAAAAGUAACAGGAGUCGUGAUCCAAGGUUGUCCUCAGAAUGACCACUGGCUCACCAAAUUUAACCUCCAGCACAGUAUGGAUGGACUUACCUGGACUGACUACAAAGCCGACGGGGUGUUUUUUCCAGGCUCAACAGACAGAUCCACUCCUGAAAUUCAGCUGCUUGGUACACCUGUGUCGGCUCAGUAUGUCCGCAUCCUCCCAGUGGAGUGGAACAUUAUGGCAGGCCUUCGCUUCGACAUCUUGGGAUGCACACCAGACUAUGCAGUCACAUGCGCCAACAGGCCCAACUUCAACUUUGCCAAUGAUAAAAUGACUGUCCACUGUCCAGCAGGCUGUGCCAACGAAGGUUACAUAGUGUACGGCACUACAGAAUAUCGCGGGGACUCGAACAUCUGCGCUGCAGCUAUUCAUGCUGGAGUGGUAUUAAAUGCGAAUGGAGGGGAUUGUACUUUAUUGAAAACUGCUGGAAAGAACUUCUAUCCCGGCUCCACAAGGAAUGGCAUCACCACAAGACAAUAUGAUGAGAGCUAUCCUGUCUCCUAUACUUUUUCAGAUGGAGAGCUGAGGUGUUCAGGGCUUGACUGGUAUGAGUUUGGAGACUUCUGCUACAAACCUUUUCAAGACAAAAAGACGUGGCGUGAUGCCCAGAGCACCUGCAGGGGUCUUGGUGCCGAACUCGUAUCCAUCCGAUCGAUGACAGAGCAGAGCUGGCUGGAAAGCUACCUGUACAUGGGUAUGGAUUUAAAAAAAUCACAAGGUGAAAGCCAGUUUAAAGUUUCUAAUAAGAUGUAUGAACAGAAUAAACUUUAUUUGUCCUUCACAGCCACCAGUGACGUGUGGACUGGUCUGAACGACCUGUUUAUGCCUGGUAUGUUCAUGUGGUCAGACCAUCACAUGGUGACCUUCACUUACUGGGCUCCAGGGGAACCCAACAACCACGAUGGGUUCAGUGAAGACUGUGUUGAGAUGUUACACCAGACUGGACGAUGGAACGACGUUACCUGUUCAGAACUUAACACCUUCAUAUGCAAAAUGCCCAAAGCUCAUUACCCAUUGCCCUCUGUACAGCCCACAGCGUACGGAUGCCCUCAGGGCUGGACGGCAUACGGUUACUCCUGCUACUUCAUGGAGGAGACGCCCAGGAGCUGGUCGGAUGCAAAGGAAUUCUGUAAGCUGGAGGACAGCUCCUUGCUGCACAUCGGAGACAUUUAUGAACAGUCACAUUUCACAGUGGCACUGACAGGAAAGACUGGAUUUUGGUGGAUUGGCCUCCGUGCGCAUGGAACAGGUGGAGGGGUGGACUACGUCUGGGACAAUGGCUUACCUCUCACCUUCACACACUGGGACAAAGACCAGCCAGAUAGCGGGGAGGGUACUUGUGUGGCGAUGACAACGGGCCUGAUUGGUGGUUUCUGGGAUGACAAGCAGUGCUUAGACAAUAACGCCUUCAUCUGUGAGAAACCCAGGCCCGAUAUCACCCCACCCACCAAAGCUCCGACUCCUCCUGAUGCACAUGGCUGUUAUGAGAGCUGGACGGCUCUUCCUCACUUCAGAAACUGUUACAGGCUCUUCCACAAUGUGGACUGGUCCAUGAAGAAGAGCUGGGGUGCAGCACAUGAGGACUGUGUCUCCAGAGGAGCUGAUCUGGUCAGCAUCCACAGUCAGGAGGAGGAAGAGUUCCUGGCUCUGUACAGCAAAGCCAGCAGCAAGUGGAUCGGCCUCAAGCACAACCCUGCAGAAGGCGGCUAUUCAUGGAGCGAUGGCACACCUCUCUCUCACACCAACUGGGGUCACGGGGAGCCCAACAACCACGAGGGGCGCGAGGACUGCGUAGAGAUGGUGAGCAGCACCAAUGGGAGCCACUCCUGGUGGAACGAUCUCAACUGUGACGCUCACCAGGACUGGAUAUGUAUGAUUGCUAAAGGAAAGGACCCCAUCGUGCCACCGGUGCCUCCACCUCCCGUCCCAGCUCCUGACUGCGGCACUAACCCCGGCUGGAGGAAGAAUGACGACAUCUGCUACUACUACAACGACACCGACAUAGUGGACUUCCACACGGCUAUGAUGCGCUGCUACAAAGAAAAAGCCUUGCUCGUGUCCAUCCUGAACACAAAGGAGCAGGCAUACGUGAACACCAUGGUGGGGACGGGUGAGGUUGCUGCAGCUUGGAUCGGGAUGAGGAUGUUCGGGAUUGCAAGUGGACAAUACAUGUGGGUGGACUUCUCCCCUGUGAUUUACACUCACUGGGGUUCAGGUGAACCCAACAACGCCAACGGGGAGGAGCAGUGUGUUCAGAUGAACAGACAUCAAGGUGGAUGGAACGAUGCCAACUGUGGUCGGGCUUCGGCAGGUUAUGUCUGUAAGAAGUUCCCUGGAGAUGUCCACACCCCUGCUCCACCCACACAGCCCUGGGAGGGCAACUGCCCUGAAGGUUGGCUGCGUUUCAAGAACAAGUGCUUCAUGUUUAAAGGGAAGAAAGGCGACAUGAAAGCAAACUGGUUUGAUGCUCAGGAUUGGUGCAAAGCCCAACAAGGAAAUCUGGCAAUUAUUGAUGACCAGUACGAGAAUGACUUUGUUUCUAGUUACCUGAGAGAUCUUGAGCUCCCAACAUGGAUUGGCCUGUCAGACAUCCUUAUGGAGAAUCAGUACGCCUGGAGUGACGGAGUCAGCCCCGUGUUGUACACCAACUGGAACACCAAUGAGCCCAACAACGCACAAGGAGCGGAACAUUGUGUGGCGAUGACUCACAGUCACCUGGUGAGCGGCAAGUGGAACGAUGACGUCUGUGGUAGGAAUCACAGCUUCGUCUGCUCCAGGAUGAAAUCAAGCAGCGUCGCUCCUCCACCCCCAACCAAGAGCCCUUGCCCGGAUGGCUACAUCUCCUGGUAUCUGAACUGCUACAAGCUGGUGGUGGACGAGCCAUUGCCCUGGGACAAGGCUCAGGCAGCCUGUAUGCAGCAGGGAGGCAACUUGGCCAGUAUUGACAUGAGCUAUGACCAGGCCUUCGUCGCUGGAGCGGUGCUGCAGGGCAAAGCGGACGCCUGGAUUGGACUCAGGCGCAAGGAUGAUGGCAGGUACACGUGGACUGAUGGCUGGCCAGUUUUCUUCACUCAGUGGGGACCAGGAGAGCCUAGCAACAUCAAGGAUGAGGGCUGCGUGAGUAUGCACGGUUCACCAUUCUUCCACGGGACCUGGAACGACACCAGGUGUGACCAAGCUAAGCCCUAUAUCUGCAAGAUCAGCUCAGAGAGCCCGCCACCGACUCCCAGGCCCGGUGAUGGGCAAUGUCUACCAUUUUGGGUGCCCUACGGCCGCUACUGUUACUAUGUGUACGACGGGAAGGAGGGUUUCUCUUGGCCAGACUCCCAACACUACUGCCAGUCACACAGGACAGAGCUGGUGUCCAUCCACGAGAGAGCAGAUGUGGAGUUCAUCAGGAACAUGAACUACACCAAAUAUCACCACAUCUGGAUCGGCCUCACGAGGGACAACAACUUCGGCUGGGCCUGGACAGACAAGACCGCUGUGGGUUUCCUCAACUGGGCUCCCGGAGAGCCAAAUGCAGCUUUCCACCCCGGCCAAGUGGCCGAAGAGAACUGCGUGGAGAUGUACCACGAUGGACGCUGGAAUGACAACAACUGCAUGCAGAAGAGAGGUUUUGCAUGCCGCCACCGUCAGUACUAUGUAACAGAUGAUGGUGGAAAUCCAGUUUUUCCCACUGAUCCUCCAAAUCCAGGUGGCAACGGAGGAGUGAUCGCUGGCGCUAUCAUUGGAGCCAUUGUGUUUCUUGCCUUGAUAGCUGGAUUGCUGUUCUAUGUCUUCAGCGUACGGGGGUAUAAACUGAGCAGCCUGAGCCUGCCAGCAAGACAAACCAGUCGGGUUGAUGUGCCUGCUUUCAACAACCCCAACUUCGCAGGAGAAUCAGACACAUAAACUUCAUCAUUUUGUACAGUACACUGAAUUUGAUACAAAUCAGCUAUAAUGU